AUGGCAUGUGAAUCCUGUGUAUCAACUCUUUCAAGUACUGCUAGUUCUACCUUAUCAAGCUUUUUACAGCGCCUAUGGAAUCCAAUCGAGAGACAGAUUUUUUACCUGAUAGAAUACAGAAGCAACCUGGAAAAUCUCAGGAGGAAAGCUAGAGAACUCGAUGGUUUGAAAACAGAUAGUCUGAGAAGGAUGGAUGAUGCCCAGAAUAGAGAUGAAGAGAUCAUGGCUGAAGCCUUGAAUUGGCUAGCUGAAACCGUCCAGAUUGAAAUGGAUAUCGAGUGGUUGGAAGAAAGAAUUGCAAAAGCAAAGGGUCUGUGUUUGCAUAAAUAUAAACUAGAUUGGCGUACCCGUCACCGAUUAAGUAAAUUUGCGAAAAAGAAGACUAUUCAGAUUGAUGAACACCUUCCUAAAGGCAAGAUCGAGAUCAUAUCUUUUCCGGCACGCCAUGCGGAUUUAACUUCCUUACCCACAUCUGAUUUUAUUCCCCUGGAAUCUUCAUUGAAGGCACUAAAUUCAACCAUGGAAGCACUCAAAAUGGAGAACAGCAACAUCAACGUCAUUGGGGUACAUGGCAGCGGAGGAAUAGGUAAAACGGUAUUGAUGAAACAAGUGGUGAAGCAAAUCGGAAGAGAAAUAAUUUUUGACAAAGUUGCUCUAGUAACAGUCACUGAUACCCCUGACCUGAGGAGAAUUCAAGAUGAAAUUGCAAACUAUCUUGGAUUUGAAAUUGAAGGAGAUAUUGAAUAUCAAAGAGCAGCUACUUUGUCUCAAAGAUUGAAGAAGACGGGUAGAGUUCUAAUAAUAUUGGAUGAUCUCUGGCAGAAACUGAAUUUGGCAGCAGUGGGACUACCUUAUGGUGAAGAGCAUAAGGGUUGUAAAGUUAUUGUCACAAGUCGAUUUGAAGAGGUAUGCAAUGAAAUGGAGUGCAGCGAAACUAUACAAAUUCCAGAGCUUACAGAUGAGGACAGGAAGAAAUUAUUCAAGAUAAAAGCCCAACUUCCUGAUUCUACAGCUUUUGAUCGAGCAAUUGAGGAGGUUGUGAGCCAGUGUGGAAAAGUAGCAAAUUCAAUUAUAAUAAUUGGAACAGCAUUGCGAAACAAGCCUGUCAAUGAAUGGAAUAAUGCUAUUAAGAAAAAGAAAGAAUCAACUACAAUUAGUGUUGAGGGAAUUUCUGAAGAAGUGGUUUUAUGUGUCACUCUUGGUUAUGAUCAAUUGGAACAGGCACACAAAGACUGCUUACAGUUCAGUUGCUUGUUUCCUCCAUAUUACAAUGUGUCCAUGGAUGAGAUUGUCAAAUUCGGAUUAGUGGACAAGCUGUUUCCUAAUGUUCACUCUCUGGGAGAAGUUUGGAAUCAGAUGCAUCAAGUUGUAACAAAGCUCAAGUUUUCCAACCUGCUGUUAGUGGGUGACAGAGAAGGAUGUUUCAAAAUUCAUGAUGACACGAGAAAGGUUGUUAAGUUCAUCGCAUUAAAAGAAGGGAACAAUUUUAUUGCUGAAGCUGGGUUGAAGAAAGGUUGGCCUGAGGACAACUUACAGAAUUGUGAGAAGUUGUCAUUGAUGGAUAGCAACAUCACAAAGCUACCUGAUCAACCUCGAUGCCCAAAACUACUCACUUUGUUCUUGCAAAAUAAUGCCCUCGAGGAAAUUCCAGUUAAUUUCUUUGAGGACAUGAGGGCACUCAGAUUCUUGGAUCUGAGUUACACAAACAUUUCAUCGUUGCCAUCAUCCUUUGAAUGCUUGGAGAAGCUGCGUUCAUUUUCUUUGGAAAACACUCAUUUGAGAGAUGCAUCUUUGAUCAAAGAAUUUAUUGAUCUUGAGGUCCUUACCUUGAAAGGUUCAAGCAUUGAGCAACUGCCGACAGAAUUUGGAAAUAUGGUCAAUUUGAAGGUCUUAGAUUUGACAAACAAUAUAUUCCUUGAAGGGCUUCCUUGUAAUGUGAUAUCAAAGCUAGUUCAACUUGAAGAACUAUACAUUGGGAACAGCUUUGGUGAUUGGGAGAUUGAAGGAACAACAAACCAAAGGAAUGCUGGAUUCUCUGAAGUAGCAUCAUUGGCUUGCUUGACAGUUCUUUACAUCCAUGUUAAGAACACAAAACUACUUUCCAUAGAUUUUGAUGGUCCAUGGACAAACCUGAAGAAGUUUCGUGUUUGUGUCAAUGACGAUUACUGGGAGAUAGCAUCCCCAAGGAGCAUGCAUUUGAAGAAUCUAUCUAGCACAUUAGCUAAUUGGGUAAAGUUGUUGCUUGAAAAGGCAGAAUACGUUACUCUUACUCGCUCUGUGGAUCUUGAAGAUAUAGGGAAGGUAAAGGUGAAUGACCUUAGCAAAUUGAUAUCUAUCCAUCUUCGUGCUUGUAGCUUUCAACGUAUCUUCCAAUCUAGUCUGUAUGAAAGAGUACAAAAUCUGGAAGAGCUCCAUGUUGAGUAUUGUUACUCAAUGCAAGAAGUGUUUCACUUGGAAGAGAUUGAGGCAGAGGAAGCGGGGCUCAAAAAAUUAAGGGAACUCAUACUAGUUGGUCUACCUAAAAUUCUGACUAUAUGGAAAGGCAACCAUUCAGCUGCACACCUGGAGAAUCUCAAAUUAAUGAAGGUGAAGGAAUGUGGGAAAUUAAGAAGCCUGUUGCCGAAGAUUUUGGUGCAGAAGCUUCAAAAAUUGGAGCAUUUGGCUAUUCUGAAAUGUGACAGCCUUGAAGAAAUUGUUUCAAAUGAUGUUACAGAGGGGGGACAACAAGUUGCACAGGGGUUGAAUUCUUCUAGCGCCUCACAACCCAUGGUGUUCCAAAACAUGCAAAAGCUUCGUAUUUAUAAAUGCAACAAAAUGAAAAGAGUCUUAUCACUGACAAUUGCUCAAGGUUUGAAACAGCUCAAAGAACUGAAUGUAGCCAGCUGCAAACUGAUGGAGGGAAUUUUAAUGGUAUCAGACGAAGAAAAGGAAGCAGAAAGGCGUGGCAUGCUUCCUGAGCUGAAGAUUUUACUACUCGAAGAUCUUCCAAAACUUGGUACAAUAUACAACGGUGAAAUAUGUUUGGAUUUGCAUUGCCUUGAAGAGUUGCAAGUGUGGAAGUGUCCAAACAUCAAGACACUUCCCCUGGAUUCACGGAGUGCUCGAAAAUUGAGGAAAUUUAGAGCAGAAUUGGCAUGGUUUGAAGGUUUACAAUUGAAAGGUGAACACACGAGAAAUCAUUUGAAAUCCUGCCUAAUUGAAGAGAAAGAGAAUGAUACACUUCAGUUUGGGGCAUAAGAACUGAGACUGUAAGUUAUCAGGAGGCGAAGGCACAACAUUGGCCAGGAUUCUCCAUCGGAAUCUAAACUUGGGUGGGUUCUUAUGUUUAUAAAUAAAGGAAACCAAGUAGAAACUGGUUCCCAAAUUAUUUUCCUCUUUCCUUAUUUAUUCUGUGUUG